AUGGAUCAUAACGAAAGACAACAAGAUUAUGGUAGUAAUACCAAUGGGCAUGGGAACGUUUCAAUGGCCAUGACCUCAAAAUAUCUGAAGAGCAAGAUGAAGAAAAAGCUUGCAAAAGAACAGACGAGCAACUACCGAGCAUCACCUGACAAGGUGUAUAUUUAUGUUAUUGCGCCUGGUUCGCAAUACACCAUGUUUUUGUCGAGGCAAACUAUCUCCGCGGCGUCGCCUGAAUACCUCAAGGAUGUUCUAGCAGAUGGGCGCGAAACGUUGAUCUUCUGCAUGGAUAUUGCCAGUGAAAUGGAAGCUGUCAAAGAAGCAUUGAAUUACAUGUUCGACUCCAGAGGUAAGGUUCAAACUUCGUCAAGCUUUUCUGAGUAUCGGCUGAAAUCUCCUCACCAAGGGCCAACACAGAAAUGGAAAUUUCGCGACGAGCUGGUCGAUUCCCUUGAAAAGAGUCUGGGGACACUCGAAGAUUACGCCACCCUCUAUUUAGUACACUACACUUUCGGUUUCCCAAAAGGUAUGCGUAACGCUCAAGCGAGCCUCCGGAAAGUUCUUCAAGUUAUGGAACUGCUCCUAACGAAGGAGGCGGAACAAAUUACUAAUCACGACUGCGGCACUAUCGAAAAUCGGAUGCAUAAUCUGUUUGAGAGACUAGGCACGCCAAUUUCCAUCAUUUACCAAGUUGUUGGUUGCAUCAAUAUUGAUUGCAAAUGCUCUGCGGAUGACACACAUCGUGUGAGUAACCUCAACGGGCUCCAAAGGACGAAAUGUUGCGGUUACAGAAAAGGGGAGCCCGAGGAAAUCACAGAUGGGCGAAGGGCUAUCCUGAACAUAGUAAGGAUGUUUCAGAAAGCACUGCAAAUAAUCAAACAACAACAUCCCAAUUUUUGCUUCGAGUCACGGAGUAUAUGGUGGCAAGAUGCCGUCACUUCGAACCGCAAAAUUCCACGGAUCGCAUCAAAUUACAUCGCUCCACAGACGAACCUGUUGCUGCAUAAAUCCGAAAGACCACUCGCGAUUGGUUCCUAUCCGGUUUUUGCACCAUCUGGAUACUGUUUCUUCGGCAAUCCCGGCCAUAAAACGCAACUCAUGGUCUUCCACGCUGUCAAAGGCAAUGAUAACAGGGUCAUUGAAGACAGCGGGCGCGCCGAGAACAGCGAGACCACCAAGUGUAGCGAUAGCACCAAGGACAGCGAUAAUACCCAGUAUUGCGAGUGCAGCAAGGACAGCGAUAAUACCCAGUAUUCUAUAGCAGAAGCCGCCAGGACGUUAGAUACUAGGGCCAGCCGCCACUUCUGGAUCAUUAUUGAUUAUGAAACAUCGUCUUACACAGUGGCCAUCCUCGACGCAUGUGAUGAGGAGAAUGAGGACAAUAAGGACUUUACGGAGGCUCUUCGGUGCUUUCUGGGAGAUGUUUCCCCUGGGUCAACACUUGAAGUGGGUCGCUUUGCUAUACCGUCGGGGGAGGGCUCCGUCGCCCGUUCAGGCUAA